AUGGCCAGAGACAGGCUCAAUGAACUGCAAGGCCCCCGGUCUCGCACUCCGAAUGACUAUGAAAUGAAGAACCAGUAUGCUAGGCCUGCUGGAGGGGCCGCUUCUGAUGACACUGACUUUUUGCAACAGGUCGACAAUACUCAACAACUCAUUGAUCGCAUUAAAUCAAACAUAUCCGCAAUCGACCAGCUGCACUCUCGAUCAUUGGUUGCUUUAUCAAACGACGACACCACAAAGAACAAUCGCAUGGUAGACGCCCUCCAAGAAGAGACAAACAGGCUCUUACAGCAAGCUCGUGGAAAUGUGAAAGCUAUGGCUGCCGCUACAAAGCGAAUGAAGGGUUCGGAAGGAAAUGUUCGUCGUGCUCAGCAGUCUCAACUCGCCAAAAAGUUGAUGAAUGCUGUACAAGAGUAUCAGGGAGUGCAGGAAAGCUUUAAGAAGAAGUGGAAGCAAAGAAUGGAACGUGAAUACAGGAUCGCUCGACCAACUGCUACUGCUGCUGAAGUCGAAAACGCGAUUGAAACCGCGGAUGGUCCAAUAUUCUCCCAACAAAUCCUCACUACCCGUAUUGGUGAACAACGCCGUGCUCUAGAAGAAGUACAAAACCGACAUGUCGAACUACAAAAAAUUGAACAGAGUAUUGAACAACUCUUCAAUCUCUUCCAAGACAUGCAACUGCUACUAGAUACGCAACAAGAACAAAUCACCCAGAUUGAUCAACACGUCGACAACACAGUCGCCUAUGUUGAAGAUGGUGGAAAGGAAAUGCAAAAGGCUGUUGUACAUCGUCGUAAUACUCGAAACAGGAUGUGGUGCUUGUGUGUGGCUGUUAUUAUUCUCAUCAUUGUCAUUGCAUUCCUAAUUUGGUGGUUUGGUUUCAAUCACGCCGGAGUUACUUUUGGGUCUAAAUGA